AGGUGUAGACCAUAGACCCGAAGAAAACGAGUGGUCCUCGCGGUACCAGGUGUGCUGCUCUCCCUCCCCCUCCCGCCCCCCCAGGCCGGGGACUAGGUUAUAAAACUAGCUGAGAACCGGCGGUUCACCGUGGAAGCGAUGCGGGACUACGAGGUGGAAGGUGGUCGGUAAAAACAGUUUAAAGAACUUUGUGCGGACUCAAAGCGAGAGAGUGAGAGAGAGGGAGAGAGAGAGAGGGAGAGAGAGGAAGUUAAAAAGUUUGAAUGUGACGCCGUGAGCUGCCGACCAUGAAGAGGAACAAGCAGAUCGACAUCAAGCGCUCCCUAGCUCUGGCCGGGACCUUCCACUUCCUGUGCUGCUGCGCUCGCGGCUGCCUGCUCCCCUUCCUCACGCUGUACUUCCGACAGCUGGGUCUGACCCCCGCCAUGACGGGCGUCGUCAUGGGCACCAAGCACCUCAUAUCGCUGGUCUGGAGCCCCGCGGCGAGCCUGCUCUCCAAACACUACAACAAGAGGCGCAUGGUGAUCAUCGGCUCCCUGGUGUGUUCGGCCGCGGCCGCUGUGGCUCUGCUGCUGGUCCCGCCCGCCCACGUUGGCACGCGGGCCGCCGGCUGUAACGCGUCGGAUCUGAUCAGCGGCCCAACUCAAAGUCUGGCCGCUGAUCUGCUCAGGAGCAGCGUUGCCCCGGCGACGAUGACAACGACAUCGACUAGAACUCGCCCUGAAAACGCCACGGCUCCCGUUUCCACUCCUGGUCUCCCUCGUCCCGCGAAGACUGUCGUUGACACUGAAUCUGCUCCCGUUCCGACGAGCAAAACUGCACCGAAUCGGCAUUAUGACGACGAUGGAUCCCAUCCUCGGCUGUCAGAGAAGAACGCGUCCGGGGAUCCAAACCUUGCGCCCCGUACCAUCGGCUCUUCCACAGCUGCAGUGAGGAAUAAAAGGUCCAGCUUUAGCUUCUUCUCAGGGUCCGGAGAAAAGCAGGAAGAGACCAAAGAAAGCCGUUUGGGUUUUCUGGGCAGCCUAAAAGUGAUGGACCCUCAACACCAGCUCUUCUUCUUGACGCUCCUCAUCGUGUCGGUGUGGGAGUGCGCGUCGGCGCCUCUGGACUGGACGGCAGACGACGGCCUGUACGAGUACCUGGACCUGGCGUAUGCCGCGGAGCGCUACAGCAGCACCCGGGUGUGGGGUUUACUCGGCGCGGCGUGUGGGGUCGGGGGAGCGGGUGUGCUGGUGAGCCGGCUACGCUGUCUCUUGGCGUAUCAGAUGCCAAGGAGCGCCGUGCAUUUCCUCUGCUACGCUAGCCUGGCGGUCCUGGCUUUGCCCGCCGCCGCCUGCCUCCCAUUGUACCUGAACAAGAAGCGAGACCGGGCCACCGGGCUCUUCAAAGCCGUGCAGCUGGUGCGCGGCUCCCCCCUCGCCGCGCUCUGCGCCGUCACCACGCUGCUGGUGGGUGCGGCGGCCUCGGCCGUGGACAACUUCCUGCUGUGGCAGAUGCAGGACCACGGGAGCGGGGAGCUGCACAUGGGGCUGUCUCUGGCCCUCGCUGGACUCUCGCAGGCCGCCUUCCCGCUGCUCGCCCGCCGCCUCUCGAAGCUCCUCAGCCCCGGGCGGGUGCUCGUCGUCGGGGCUGCGAGUCUCGGGCUGCAGUGCUUCUACUACUCCUUCCUGUGGGCGCCGUGGGCCGCGCUGCCCGCCCAGGUGUUGAGCUGCCUCAGCGGCGGCGCCCUCUGGUGGGCCGUGAAGGUCCAGUGCGCGGAAGUCGCCACGCCGGGGGCCGAGAAGAGCGUGAGCCGGGUCUACGGCGCGCUUUCGCUCCACCUGGGGAGCGGGCUCGGCAGCUUGGCCGGAGGCUUCGUGGUGCAGCAGUUCGGGCUGACGUGGCUGUUCAGAGGCGCGGCGGUGGGCGUGAUGGCGUGGUGCGUGUGUCUGCCGCUGCUCCAGUGGAAAGCCCCACGCCAGCGCCGGAUCAACUAUUCUCGCCUGCUGGCGGCCGGGGCGAGUGAAGCCAGCGACUCUGAGUCCGAGCAGGAGAGGGACUGGCUCGAAAAAGCAAUGGAGGACGACCGGAGCAAUAACAACUGUGGACGGAGGAUAGAAAACUGAAACCACAGUGGGAGAGGACACAGAGACACUUUAAAGACUGCAGUGGAUAAAAGGCAUUUAUCUUUACAAAACCAAAUCAUUUCUAUCGGUAUGAAAAUGAUGAUAAAUUUCCCACCAGGUCUGUUACAAAAAUGUCUCUCUUCAUCGUCAGGUAGCGCAGCUCAAAGCCGGGUAGUUGAUGUCCUACUUCGACAGCUUUAAUUCAAAUUAAAGUGCUGCAAAAACCGAUUAUUUUCAUUGUUGAUUAAUCGAUUAGUUUGGUCUAUAACAUUUUCAGAAAAUGUUUCCCAAAGUCCAAGAUGACAUCCUCAAGUCUUCAGUUUACUGUCACAGAGGAGUGAAGAAACUAGAAAACCUUUUUUUAUUACUUUUUUUUUUUUUUAGGAAAAAAUAACUUGAUAGUUGGCGAUUUCUGUAAUAGUUGACAACUAAUCGAUUAACCGUUGCAGCUCUAGUGUUGACUUUUAACUCAUGAUUGCUCAUAGCUCUUUCAUCAGGGUUUAAUGUUGUGACAUCCCGUUUUUAGGUCAUCUAAAAAAAAAUCUUAGUCAACUAACACUUACACAAUUUUGUCGAUUAGUCGAUUUAAUCGUUCCUCCGCAAAGAAUAAUGCUACAGCACCACUUUAACAUUUAGCAUGGAACUAAAAGAAAUAAAAGAAAGGGACUAAUUGACCUAAAGAAGUCUUUGUCGACCAAAGUGACCGAUUAAUCGAUUAAUCAACUAAGAAGGGGCAGCCCCACCCAUUUGAUCAGAUACAGACUGAUGGACUGGAGGAUCCAUCUCUGUGCACCUGAGCCUUCGCACCUGUACUUCAGCGUAAGCAAUCGUGCUUUUCUUAAAGCAAACAAGGUAGCAGGAUUAUGGGCGGGUAGAGGACGGACUCGGCUCAGUCACCGUGGCGAUAGACGCCUCCUUAGUGGGAAUGUAAACACAAGCUGUGUGCACAUGGUGAGGCUAAAGUAGACUGUGUUCCUGUUUCACCCCACCCCAAACCGUCUGUUUAUCUUCCACUAAAGUCACUCAUUGUUCUUUAUUUUGGGCUGUGUGAACUGAUGAAAUGGUUAAAGCAGCUCAGUUAUGUGUAUUUAACUGCACAUUCAAACUAUGGCUGUUCUCACUUGGCGUCUUUUUUUUUUUGUCAAGAAAAAGUUGACUUCUCUUUAUUCCAAAUAGCAGCCGAGAGCGUCUUUUGUUGCUAUAACUACUGCUUCAGUAUCCUAGCUAAAACGCCAUGUGGCGCAGUGCUAACGUUAGCGGCAAAGCAAGCUAGAGAAAGAACAAAGAGAGAGAGCAGUGCUAACAUUAGAUAAAACAAAGCGGUGGAGCGAGCUAGAGAAAAAACAGAGAGAGAGAGCAGUGCUAACUUAGAUAAAACAAAGCGGCGGAGCAAGCUAGAGAAAGAACAGAGAGAGAGAGCAGUGCUAACAUUAGAUAAAACAAAGCGGUGGAGCGAGCUAGAAAAAGAACAAAGAGAGAGCAGUGCUAACAUUAGAUAAAACAAAGCGGUGUAGCGAGUUAGAGAAAGAACAGAGAGAGAGAGCUGUGCUAACAUUAGAUGAGAGAGAGAGAGAAUUGCUAGCAUUAGAUGAAACAAAGCGGCGGAGCAGGAGACUGGUGCUGCUAACGUUUCAUAAAACAAAGCGAGGUCCCUGUACAGGGAGCACACGGUCAUAACUCGCUGCGCUCAGACUCCAUUUUUUUUUUGUUAUGAAAACGACAGGUCUGGCUACUCUGCUUGUCAUUGGUCGGCUGUCAAAAAAAAGCGCCUGACAUAGUUUUUUUUUCUUCUUCUUCAUAAAAGUUUAACUUUUUUCCACUUUAAAAAGAUGCUCCGAGCUGCAGAAAAGAAGUCCUCGACGCUGUUUAAAAAAGCGCUCGGGACGUUUUUGAAACCCGGUUUACUCCGUAGGAUUGUAAUUUAAAACAGAAGCUGGCAACUUGAAAACAGACGCCAAGCGUGAACAUGGCCUCAGAUUCUUUUUGUUGACGUGAACAGACGCAUUUGUGACAAAAUGUUGGUCUAAUCGUUUUUUUCUGAACACACCUCAUGUCAAACGGUCCAUUGUAACCCGUCACAUACACAACAUACAUUAGUUUGAAGAGAAAGCGUUGCCUUAGGUUCAAAAUCCCAAAUGUGGAUUACACAUACUACACUUUUAUGGAGUGAGAUCACAUGUAAUACAAAUAUAAAAGGCUGUAAUGUAAUAUUCUUUGUCCAGAAAGUUGUUGUAUGUCUAUGUUGUAUUUAAGUCUUCAGCCUGUUACAGACCUGACUACUGUGAAGAGUAAACUGUUCCUGCUAAA